AUGAAGAUCGCCAAUGGUGGACGGUACUACACCAACAACUUCCUGCAGCUCAGCAUGGAGGAGAUGAUACUGAAGAGUUACAGCUGCACAGCGGGAGCACUGCUAGCCAAACUCGCUGAGAAUCGUCCUGCUGGGGAAACACGGCAGCGGGAAAAGCAGCUGGCAAACAACAUUCUGGGAGAAAGAUUUUCAGAGACCUUGAAAGAGCGCAAAGUGACGGUGAUCGACACUCCAGGGGUCGUGGGAACCCAGGGCGUGGGGUGGGAGCGCGCGGAGCUGGAGAGACACUGUGAAUGGCUGAGCUGCCUGGUCCAGUGCGCUCCGGGGCCUCACGCGCUGCUGCUGGUGAUGCCUGUGCAGAGGUACACGAGACAGGAGCAGGCUGUGGUGGAGUACAUCAAGACACAGUUUGGGGAAGAGAUGUUCCGAUUCACCAUUAACACAGACAUCUUGGAGUUUGUGGAGGAGAACACUGAGCUGGCCAAGCUGGUGCAGGCCUGCGGGGGGCGCUGUCAUGUGGUCGACAACAAGUACUGGACCAAAGAUCAGCAAAAGGAAGACCCACAGCGGAGCAAUGAGUUUCAGGUGGAAGCGAUCCUGAAUACUGUGGAGAAAAUGGUUGAUGAAAACCAGAAGUAUUUAAGCAAUGAUGCUUUGGAACAAGUAGAGCAUGAUAUUCAGACAGAGCAGAGCCGCAAUUCACACUGA